GUCGCGCCUUGUUGCAGGCAACAAUUGGAAGCAUUUCAGCAGCAGCGAGCAACCAGGAAUGGUUAACGUUACUCCUCUUAUCGCGAGGACCCCAUGAGUGUGAUUAAUUGUACUGUAUGCGGGCUGCACGGAAUCAUCGAUGCGGGCAAUAAUAGAUGCCUUUAUUCUAGCCUCCAUUAAGUUACAUGCAUUCCUGGUGUGGAAAUGAUGAAAAGGGGUGUGAAGCGAAGUACCGGAAAUGGAGCCGGUACCAAAGAUGAGUGAAUGUUAUGGGUUAUCUGUUUGUCAAACUUAAAUAUAUCUGAGAUUUUUCUUGCAUUAUGUGUGUGCAUACGUGCGAGUGGAGUACGUUUCGCAGCACAUGGUUUUCACUGCCGGAAAUUCAAUUAGUAAAUAGGGGCAAGCACGGGGAGACAGGGUGGUUAAUGGAUUUUACAGAGAAUCGCUCGUUCAAUUAGCUAGUAAUACUUGGGAAUAUGUAAGAGAACGGAAGUAUCGUUGGAAAAGAUUUGUAGGAUUAAGAAUGUGAGAUAAGGAAGCUUUUAAUUUUUACCUAUAAUGCCGAGUCGUUUAGCUCUUAAUGACUUCUUAUUACGAAAGGGUUUCCUUUGGACUGGAAUGAUCGUUACUAUGGUUUAUUUGAACACUCGUUAAUAAUGAAUAAGGACAGUUAUAUGGUCAUAUUGUGAUCGGCUGAGUGUCCUUAAAGACUCAUCAAAAUGUCUACUAUACUCUUGUUUUUACUAUCUGGCUGUAAAUCGAAAGUCAGACGUCGCGACGCCAACGUCGACUCGAAUAAACUUGUGAAACUUUGUAUACUGACUCUAGUGAUAAUGCAGUGUAAAGGGAAUGUUACCAUCCGCGUGGAUUACUUAUUGCAAAGUGAAAAUAAAUAUAACGAAUUUUGUUAUUAACUUUAUACACGUAUAAUCAAAUUUACUAUGAUUAAUCUACGUAAUUAAUUAUAUUUAGUUUUAGUCGGUUAUCAAAUAUAAUAGUCGAGCUAUCAGUGAUGCAGAAUCUACAAACAUCCUCAUAAGUAAAUGACUGUACUUUCGUACCUACAUAUUGCACAAUUUCUACUGUGGCUCCAUCGCACUUGUAUACGACAGAAUACUCAAUCUAUGAAGUAAACGUGUUGAUAUUUUGUAUAAUAUUUAAUCGAACGUUUAAAAUUUAAUAUUGACAAAAAAAAAAUGGCAAGGAUCGUUGUGCUGUGUGUCUUAAUUGUAUUGGGUCUGUUGAUUAAGGAAGGAGAGGCUCUCUACUGUUACAGAUGUAACAGUAAUCAGCCAGGGUGUGGAACACCUCUUAAUUGGCUCUGGUUUUGGGGUGAGACUUGUCCAGAGUACGAUGACAAGUGUGUAAAAAUUAUAGAACGGAAGGAUGCCGAGACCAUUAUUACAAGAGAAUGUCUUAGCACAGUAACGAGUUUCAGGACAGAUAUGCCUGCUGACAAAUACGAAGGCUGCAGGCCAGCUGCCAAGGAUGUUCGUCUUGGACAUUAUGUGAACAAUAGUAUUCAUCAACUGGAUAUUCAUAGAAGUUAUUAUGACGAAGUAACAUGGUGUUUCUGUUAUUUCGAUCAUAGAUGUAAUGGAGCUACAAGUGUUACGGUAUCAAUAUUGUUAUUAAGCAUAGGUACCGUUAUCCAUCAUUUUACGAUAUGAAUCUCAACUGCCUUGUAACAUAUUAUUUAUAUGACUUUUUCAAAGUUAUCAUUCCACUUAGAAAGACAAAGACAAAAAGUUACAAAUCUAUUCCGUCCAACCGAUUUUCGUGCAAGAUUCGCCUUGACACGUUUUUAUAAGCUUAUUUUUAAUAUUUUUGUGUACAAGCGUAAAUUCCUAAAUGUAAGAUUAAUGAUAGUCUAUAUGAUAACAUAUCUAUGAAGCAGUAGAAUCUUUUGAUAGAACUUUAUUGUCACACGACUAAGAUAAUAUCAAGGUAUAUCGCGGCUUUUUCAAAAAGUCGCCAAAUUACAAACGUUUAUACAAAUUUCUUUUUAUACUCCGUGCUACAGUGUAUCGAAAUUACAAUGUAAAAGGAGAUAAAAUAAAGGUGCGCGAGCGCUUUCCUUUAUCAAAA